AUGUCUCUCGGCAAGAAGGUCACUCUCAACACCGGCCACAAGAUCCCCCAGUUGGGAUUCGGCACCUGGCAAUCGGCCCCCGGCCAGGUCGGCGAGGCCGUCUACGAGGCCCUGAAGGCCGGCUACCGUCAUCUGGAUCUUGCUACUAUCUACCAGAACCAGAAGGAGGUUGCCGCCGGUAUCAAGCGCGCCUACCAGGAUGUCCCCGGCCUCAAGCGUGAGGACCUCUUCAUAACUUCCAAGCUGUGGAACAGCCAGCACCGCCCAGAGGUCGUUGAAGCCUCUCUCGAUGCCUGCCUCGCUGAGCUCGAGCUGGACUACCUCGAUCUCUACCUUGUCCACUGGCCUGUCGCUUUCCAGAAGGGCGAGUCCUACUUUCCCCUCGUUGCCAACAGCCCUGUCGAGGGUGGUGAUGUGAUCAUUGAUGAUGGUGUUUCCAUCGUCGACACUUGGAAGGCCAUGACCAAGCUCCCCAAGAGCAAGGCUCGCUCCGUGGGUGUUUCCAACCACACUAUUGAGCACCUCGAGGCCCUCAUCAACGGCACCGGUGUCGUUCCCGCUGCCAACCAGAUCGAGCGUCACCCCGUGUUGCAGAGCAACGACCUUAUCGAGUACUGCCAGAAGAAGAAUAUCCACAUCACUGCCUACUCCGCCUUCGGUAACAACAUGCUCAACAUCCCUCUCCUCAUCACCCGCCCCGAGGUCAAGGAAGUCGCUGAGGCUGUCGCCAAGCGUACCGGCACUGAGGUCUCUCCUGCUCACGUUAUCCUUGCCUGGUCCCAGGUCGGUGGCCACAGUGUUAUCCCCAAGUCGGUCACUCCGUCACGCAUCCGUGAUAACUUCAAGGAGAUCGAGCUCCUCCCCGAGGAGGUGCAGAAGGUCAGCGCUCUGGGCAAGGACCGCAGACGUUACAACACCCCCUACUCUGCCAACAAGCCUCGCUGGAACAUUAACAUUUUCGGCGAGCCUGAUGAGCAGCCUGCUGAGCACAAGGUCAUUGUCUAA